AUGAAACGAAGUCUUGCUACUACACAUUCAUCGGAAUCGAAUAAUGGAGAAAGUUGUGAUGCUGCUAAUGAUGAAAAUAAAUUAAAAAAGGCUAAAAUGAUGAUGGCCACCGAUGCAAUGCUAAAUUGUCCAGUGGAGGUAUUUGUUGCUCCGAAUGAUGAAAUUUAUAUUGCUGAUAGAGAUAAUCAUCGGGUGAGAAAAAUACUAAAAGAUGGAACAAUGGUAACCAUUGCAGGAUGGAGUUUUGGUGGUUUUGGUGGUGAUGGUGGUCCUGCAACGAGUGCAAUGUUGGAUUUUCCCACAAGUAUUGCUGUUUCUUCAGAUAAUGAAGUGUAUAUUGCUGAUUUGGGAAUUUAUAGAAUUAGGAAAAUAUUAAGAAAUGGUAAUAUUGUAACAAUUGCUGGAACUGGAGAAGAAGGAUUUAGUGGUGAUGGAGGACCUGCAAUUAAUGCACAAAUAUCAGCUGUGUGGAAUAUUGCCCUUUCUCAAAAUAAUGAAUUGUAUUUUGUUGACUAUUCAAACUGUAGAAUCAGGAAAAUAUUAAGAAAUGGAACUAUUGUAACAAUUGCAGGAACUGGAGAAGACGGAUUUAGUGGAGAUGGUGGACUCGCAAUCAAUGCAAAACUUGGCUAUCCUUGCAGUGUUUUUGUUUCCAAAGAUGAUGAGGUGUAUAUUGCUGAUAGCCAAAAUAAUAGGGUGAGAAAAAUAUUGAGAAAUGGAAUUAUUAAUACAAUUGCAGGAACUGGAGAAGAAGGAUUCAGUGGUGAUGGUGGACCUGCAACAAAUGCACAAUUGAACGUUCCAUGUGGUGUAUUUGUUUCAGCAACGAAUGAAGUUUAUAUUGUGGAUAGUGGAAAUUGUAGAAUUAGAAAAAUAUUGAGAAAUGGAAUUAUUAAUACAAUUGCAGGAACUGGAGAAGAAGGAUAUAGUGGUGAUGGAGGACCUGCAAUUAAUGCACAAAUAUCAAAUGUAUACAAUAUAUUCGUUUCUCAAAAUGAUGAAGUUUAUAUUGCCGAUACAAAUAAUCACAGAAUUAGAAAAAUAUUGAAAGAUGGAACAAUUGAAACAAUUGCUGGAAAUGGUGAAAAAGGAUUCAGUGGUGAUUCACCAUUUGAUUUUUCAUCGCAUCCACACAUUGGAAAUGAUUAUACUAUAAUUCCAAAAAUCCAAUUGAAAAAACAUUCAAGAGAUGAAUUAUUUGGAUUGGAAUUGAUUGGAUUUAUUCCAUUAAUAGAAAAGUUAUCACCACAAUUUUGUAAAAUAAUAUUGAAAAAUGAAAAACUAUUGAAAUCAAUGAAUUCGCAACAAAUAGAAAUUAUUCAAAAACUAAUUGAUUCAUUGAUAUAUGAAAAUGUAUAUCAUUUUACAGAGAUUGAAAGAUUGAAUUCAUUUAAAGAAUAUGAUAUAUUGAAUGUAUUAUUCAUUUUAGGAAUGUUCAAGAAUUGUGAAUUUAUUGAUUUUAAAAGAGUAUUUGUAAACGCAUUUAUUAAUUCCAUCACGCUGGAAACACUUCCUUCAAAAUGGGAACAAAGUGAGAAUUUACUCAAAUUUUGUCAAGAAAUAGAAGUUGAAAAUUACAUAUUGGAAUAUUUGAAUAAUUAUUGUUUGGAAUAUUCUGCCAUUCAAUUGAGAAAUCCACAAUCAGCAAAACAUCUUAAAACUGCACCAAUCAUUAUGAGAAAUAGUCUGAAUAUUGUAUUAAUGUUGGAAGUAACAACGACAAGUCCAAUGCAAAUAGAAGACACUGAAAUUAAACUACAAGGAAUGGAAUCACUAUUUAAUGAUGAGAAGUCCAGUGAUGUUAAAAUCAAAAUAAGCAAAGACCAAUAUUUAUAUUGUCACAAAUCAAUACUAAGCAGUUCGUGUAUUUUUUUUAAUGCAUUAUUCGAAAGUGGAUCAUCAUUCAGUGAUCUUAGUGAUGAUGUCUUUACACCUGAUGAAUCAGAAGAUUUAGAAUUAUUGGAAAUUAGUAUCAAAAGUUGUUAUGGGAUUCCAAUCCAUAACUCUUUUAGUUUUAUUAGAUUAAUAGAUAUAGCUUUGAAACAUGAAAAUCAAUGCCUAAUUUAUCAUUGCAAGAAAAACUUUUCACUAACAAUUGAUAAUUAUUUCGAAAAAGCCUUAGAAUGUGGAAAAUAUUUUCAUUUAGAUUGUUUUUCAAGUUUUUUUGAUACUUUUUUGAGCUUUGGAACACGAAAUUGUGAAAAACUCUUCACAGAUUGUGCAAAAGUUGGUCAAUUACCAGAGCAACUUCGCAAUGCCUUAAUCAUCGACUUUACACUAGUGUUGAGCUUUUCCUCGAGACCUGCUCUCACUUGGAGAUAUCCGAAUGUUUAUUAUGAUGACCCUGAGUUUGGUGUUCGUUUUUAA